AAUUGAUGGUUUGACCAUUUUUUAAGUUCAGAAGUUGCGUUAAUCUAUAUGAUUUCUCCACUAAGUACUGCUUUUCAGUCUGUACUAAAAUUUUGCUUAGCCAAUUUUGUGGGACAUCUCCUCGUAUAUUGUCCCUCUCUUCUUCCCCUUUAUAUCGGUUUAAGUUUUCUUUUAUACUGAAACUUUACCUUCUCUUUUGAAUCUAGCGGUUGCUCCGAUGGCGGAAGAUGGGUUAGCACCGGUUAAGAGAAUUGGCAUGGUGCCUGAACGAGCCAAGUUGCACAUAGCCAUGACAGUGUUUCAGUUUGGUUAUGCGGGAAACCAUGUUAUCAUGAGAGGUGCUCUCAAUCUGGGCGUAAGCAAACUAGUCUUUCCUCUUUACAGAAACAUCAUAGCUCUCAUUGUGCUGCUUCCCUUCGCAUAUUUCCUAGAGAAGAAAGACAGGCCAGGAUUAACCCCCUCAUUUCUCAUACAAUUCUUUUUCCUUGGAUUUCUUGGAAUAACAUUGAAUCAAGGAUCUUACAUUUUUGGUUUGGACAACACCUCACCUACAUUCGCUUCUGCCGUAGAGAAUGCAGUACCUGCCGUAACCUUUAUCAUGGCCGCGAUUCUCGGAAUAGAGCAAGUACAGUUGACCCGGAAAGAUGGAAUAGCUAAGGUGCUUGGAACUCUUGUUUCUGUUGCUGGAGCUUCAGUCAUAACCCUAUACAAAGGACCAAUUAUUUAUAGUCCAAACCCAUCUUCAGAAAAAUCUGAUUUGUUGUUGGGAGAUACCAAAGAGAAGAAUUGGACCUUAGGUUGCAUCUGUCUCAUUGGUCACUGCCUGUUUUGGUCCAGCUGGAUAGUGUUGCAAACUCCUGUUUUGAAGAAAUACCCUGCUCGGCUCUCAGUCGUCUCCUAUAGUUGCUGCUUUAGUGUUAUGCAGUUUUUUGCGAUUGCAGCAUACUUUGAAAGAGAUUCACAAGCCUGGCAUAUUCACUCCGGCUAUGAACUCUUCAGCCUUUUUUACUCGGGAUUGGUGGCUUCAGCAAUGGCAUUCGCAGUACAGAUUUAUGUCAUUGACAGGGGAGGUCCAGUGUUUGUUUCAGCAUAUUUACCUUUACAAACAAUGCUUGUUGCUAUAGUGGCCACAGUUGCUCUUGGAGAAGAAUUUUACUUGGGAGGGAUUAUUGGAGCUUUGUUAAUUAUAGCCGGACUGUAUCUGGUUGUUCUGGGAAAGAAUGAGGAAAGUAAGUACAGCACAGAAAAGGUAGUUAUAAUCUCCUCAUUAUCUGACAACAAUGUGGUGGAGGGUCCAAGUAAAUCAUCACUCAUCCAACCAUUAAUUGAUUGUUGAGUGAGACUCAGAGAGGCCUCAGAUUUCACUUCCAACUUUUCAACAAAAUCUGUCAACAGCUCCUGGUUUCAAGUUACUUGCAAGUAACAAGAGCAGUUGAUUGUGAGCAGUGGCUUUUGAAAUCAAUUUAAAAAGAAGACCAUGUGAAGGCUCCAAUAUUUAGUUAAAAUCAGAGGUAGACAAGACAGGCGGCAAUUGGGCCUGUGAAAUAAUUUGAAAAGCAAAUAGUAAAUCGAUGGAUGUUGCAGACACCAUCCAUUGUUGCCUUUUCAGCGUAUAAAUAAUAAGAAUACCAAACGUCUUGACUUCUCCAAGUUCAGAGGGUCAUGCUGUUCAUUUAUGUGGCCUUGAAAAUGCGUGUGCGAGAAUACUUUAUGCAUUCAAUAGCUGUUUAGUAGUUCAUUACAAUUUUUUUAUAGAAUUCUCUCAACAGCAA